GCCAAGGCAACUGGGGGCGGGCGCCGGCGGCCGCGCUGACGUCGGGGGGAAGCUGAGCAAUAACAACAGCGACGCGGGGCGGCGCGGCAGCGUCGGCGUUCCCAGUGCGCCUGCGCGGCCUGCGGGCCUGCUUCUAUUUAUGUGGGGGGGCGCCAAGAUGGCGGGGUUGGAGGCGGCGAGGAGAACGUAGGGGGCAGCUCCGACCGGGCGGCGGAGGGGGGAGGGGAGAGGGAGGAGGAGCCGGGGCCGGUGGGAGGGAGCGCGGAGAGCGGUGUCACCGAACGCGUGAGGCGGGGGCCGGCGAACGGCAGGCGGGGGGCGGGGGGGGUGGCGGAGGAUGGCGGAGCCGCGCCGGGUGCCGUUCAUUAGUCUGUCACCGGUGAGGCGCCGCGAGGGCGAGAACCCGGCGCUGGAGCGGGAGCCGGCGGGCCGCGAGCCGGAGCCGCCGCCGGCGGGCCGCGAGGCGCCGCUGUUGGAGCCGCCGCACGAGCUCUCCCGGCCGGAGCCGCUGCCGCCGCCCCGCGAGAGCGCCGCACGCCUGGAGCCACCCCGCGAGACCGGCCGGGCCGAGCAGCAGCCGCAGCGGGAGCCCCCCCGGCCCGAGCCGCCGCCGCUGCCGCCGCCGCAGCUACCGCCGCCGCCGCCGAGGCAGAGCAGCCGGCAGGAGCCGCCGCCGCCGCAGGAGGCGCUCCCGCUCCGCCAGACGGUCCGCCUGGAGGUGGUGCUGAAGGACCCCACCGAGGAGGGCUGCGUGGAGUUCAGCUACCCGGAGCUGCUGCUGUGCGGGGACUCGCGGAAGAAAUCUGUUCACUUGGAAGAUCCAUUUAAUGAUGAACAGCGUGAGCGGCAUGAAGUAGAAAUGCUAGCCAAGAAGUUUGAGGCAAAAUAUGGUGGAAAGCCCCACAGACAUCGGAAGGAUCGCCUGCAGGAUCUAAUUGAUAUAGGUUAUGGUUAUGAUGAAACGGACCCUUUCAUUGAUAAUUCUGAAGCGUAUGAUGAAUUAGUUCCUGCAUCCCUCACAACCAAAUAUGGAGGAUUUUAUAUCAACACUGGUACGCUGCAGUUCCGCCAGGCAUCUGACUCAGAGGAUGAAGACUUUGCAGAAGACAAAAAGCAUAGGCCACCUAAAAUAGCAAAGUUAAAAGACAGUGAAGAUCGUGGAAUGAAGAAGCGCAAGCGGAAAGAUGAAGUGACAGAAAAGGAGAAGAAGCCUCGGAAAAUGAAACCUCCUAAAUCAUUGGGAGUAAUGGCCUUAAAUUCACACAAGUCUGAAAAGAAGAAAAAGAAACUGUAUAAAGACUCUCUCUCUCUGGCUGCCAUGAUCCGUAAAUUUCAAAAGGAGAAGGAAGCCAUGAGGAAGAAGGAAUCUAGUCCAAAACCGCCAGUGACUGUUGCAGCCUCUACCCCUAGUAAAAUUCCUUCUUCCUCUCUCAGUGCAGGAAACGAUAUUUCUGACUUGAAUCUUAGGGUCAAUGAUCCUGUCCUCUCCAUUUUUGGUAGCACAAAUGAACGUGAGCUCAUGCAAGAAGCUGAAAGUGCCCUGGAGAUGCUGGGAGACAUUGACUUUGACAAGUUGCUUGAUGGCACUUCUGAUGGCAGCCCAGUAUCUGAGCUGUCAGGAGAAAAUGGAAAUGUCACUCAGGCAACCUACACCUCUCAGGUCAUGACACCCAAGCAGGUGCCUGCCCUCCCAGAAGGUCUGCCUAUGCUACUUGAGAAGCGCAUUGGAGACCUUCGAACAGCCGCCAAGAUGUUUGAUGAAGAAGGCAGGAAGAAGUUUUUCACGCAAGACAUGAAUAAUAUUCUGCUGGAUAUUGAGCUACAGUUACAGGAGAUAAAUCCUGCCGUCCGCAAUGGAGUGUACUCUCACCUUGAGGCUUUUGUGCCAUGCAAUAAGGACACACUGAUAAAGCGUCUGAAGAAGUUACACCUCAAUGUCCAGGAUGACCGCUUGAGAGAACCACUGCAAAAGCUGAAACUGGCUGUCAGUAACGUCAUGCCUGAACAGUUAUGCAAGUAUCAAGAGGACUGCCAGGCCCGCAAUCAAGCCAAGAAUGCCAAGUUACAAGCGGAAGAUGAACGAGAGAAAAAUGGAUCAGAGGAAGAUGAUGAUGAGAAACCUGGAAAGAGGGUUGUGGGACCCAGAAAGAAGUUUCAUUGGGAUGACACAGUGAGGUCUCUGUUGUGUAAUCUUGUCAAGAUCAAGCUGGGAUGCUAUGAGCUAGAGCCAAAUAGAAGUCAGUCUGCUGAAGAUUACCUCAAAACCUUUAUGGAAACAGAAGUGAAGCCACUUUGGCCUAAAGGCUGGAUGCAAGCAAGGAUGCUUUUUAAAGAAAGCCGAAGUGUUCACAAUCACCUCACUUCUGCUCCGGCAAAGAAGAAGGUGAUUCUGGCCCCUAAACCCAAAGUGAAGGACUCCAGUCCAAAGAAAGAACAGAAAACCUGUAUGUCUUCAGUCAAUUCAAGUUGCGCUGCUGUACUGAGUUCCAGCACGUCUGUCUGCACCCCAGCCAGCUCUAGCUGCACACCAGCACCAGAGACCAUCUGUUUGGAUGACUCACUGGAUGAAGACCUCUCGUUCCACCCACCUUCACUGGACUCUAUUUCUGAUGCUCUGGCAGUUAUCAAUAAUGGUGCCAAGGGAUCACCUCUUGGAUCCACCAUAGACACACCAACACCCAGACCUCGUCCUGGACUGAGGGAAGAGAAACUAGCAAGCAUUAUGAGCAAGUUGCCCCUGGCAACUUCGAAGAAAGUAGAGCCCACUCAGACACCCCACUCAUCAAGUCUUAUUGCUGGUCACACAGGGCCAGUACCAAAGAAACCCCAGGACCUAAUUCACACUGGUAUCUCUUCAGGCCUUAUUGCUGGAUCUUCAAUUCAAAAUCCUAAAGUUUCCUUAGAGCCUUUGCCAGCCAAACUACUUCAGCAAGGACUACAGAGGUCAAGCCAGAUCCAAGCCGCUUCUUCCUCUUCACAGACUCAUGUUUCUUCCUCUAAGACGCAAGCAGCUAUUUCCACCUCUCAGAGAACCAAGGAUGCUAGUAUCUUGGUAUCAUCUUCUGAGGCCCAAGGUGGUUCUUCCUCAACAUCACAAGUGACAAAGGUGCACCAGCAUUCAGCUGUACAGCAGAAAUAUGUAUCUCCUUUGCAAGCAACUAUUAGUAAAUCACAGACCAAUCCAGUGGUGAAAUUGAGUAGUAAUCCCAAACUGUCUUGUUCAUCACCAGUCAUCAAGGCUCAAGAUAAGUCUGUAGUAUAUCGCCUGCCUUUGUCUAAUCCCUCAUCUGGAAGUGGCUCUCAAGUGUCUCACCCACUGGUUUCUCGGACAACAUCCAGCACCUCUACCUCUAGUAACUAUUUAGCCAAGGCUAUGGUGUCACAGGUUUCUUCCCAGGGUUUCAAGCCUCCCUUCUCCAUGGCUGCCUCCCCUAAACCUGCUGCCUCUCCCAAGCCCACUGCAUCUAAACCCUCUGUCACACCCAAGCCCAAUGCAUCACCUAAGUUUUCAUCCAAGUCCACCUCAUCCCCCAGGCCUGCAACAACACCCAGUUCUUCCAGUUCAAGUGCACUAGUUUCCCAGAGUAGUCACUCCAGCAACAACCCCCUUCAUAAACAGUCCAGUGGUGUAAAUAUCAGCAGGCAGUCUCCCACAGUGAAUUUGCUGCCCUCUAAUCGCACCUCAGGCCUUCAGCCUGCAAAGAACCCUCAGGCUUCUUCAAAAUUGCCCAACUCUUCUUCUGGAACUGUUGGUAAAAAUAAUCUGGGUGGAGUUGGAAUGAAUGUACCUGCCAGCAGAGGCAGUAACCUUAACUCAAGUGGAGCUAGUAGGACUAGUCUGUCUGGGGGAGCAGGAAGUGGAACACAGGGUGCUACUAAACAAUUGUCAACUCCACACAGACCAUCUUCUGCCUCAGGGUCUCCAGUUGUAGCAGCCAGUGUGCAGUCAACAGCAGGAGCAUCAUUACUGGCUAAUGCCUCACCUCUGACUCUUAUGGCAUCACCCCUGUCUGUAACCAGUCAGAAUGUGACAUCUGCACCAUUAACUCCUUUUGGGAUGCUGGGCGGCCUUGUACCUGUGACCGUGCCCUUCCAGUUUCCCUUGGAGCUGCUUGGCUUUGGGACGGACACAGCUGGAGCGACAACCACCUCGGGAUCUACCUCAGCGGCUUUCCACCACAGCCUAACUCAGAACUUACUGAAGGGUUUACAGCCAGGUGCUCAGCACGCAGCAACACUGUCUCACUCACCUCUGCCUGCUCACUUGCAGCAAGCUUACACAGAUGGAGGCCAAAGUAAAGGGGACACUAAGUUACAGCGAAAAAACCAGUGACUUCUGGACAAGCAAGGGAGCUGAAGCGGUUCUGGUUGGCUGACAGGAUCUGCCCAGUUGGGAAAGUGCUUAUUGUCACAGGGCUGCUGUUUCUGUCGAUGUUUACAUAUUUUGAUCCCAAGCACUGUGGUGAGAGGAAGAAGAAAAAGAAAACAAUACUUGAUCAAAGAGAGAAGGAAAAGGAGGACUGGUCCUCCUGGUCAUGCAGACUGGUCAUAGUUUGAUCUUAACUAAAGAAACAAGUUUUUUUACCUGUUCUGAUUGGCUUUUAAAAGAAAUUGAUCGUCAAACCCACAGCAGCACAAACAUAUGUUUUGUUUUGGUCUUUCUUUCUGGGUGAUGUCCAAUGAAGAGUUGAAAGCAUGAGAGGAGCUGGAAUUGGUUUCUCCAUCCAUUGCGUAAGGUGGAAUCAUCCCCUUCAUUAGUGCCCAAAGUGCCCAGUUAUGAUGUGUAGGUCCUGAGUGUACUAUACAGUUGUGGAUCAAAAGUUAUCUAGAAUAGAGGUGGUGCUGGGGCACUUUGUAUUGUAAUAAAACCCUUACAUGAAUGCAAUUUCCCAUACAGGCAUGUUUUCAGCAUUAGAAGGCUGUUUUGGCUUUAGGGGAGCCUACAGAUGGAUGCAGUCUAAUUAGAGAGUUGUCUUCAAAAACAGAUCUCUUGGCCUAUCAAGAUGUGGGAAAAUUUCUUGCUCCUUAUUUGAUUGGGUUUUUUUAAAUAUGAAUACUUAAGGGAGGAAAGGGUUGGAAAUUUUUCCAUUUACAUGAAAACCUACAUUUUAUUGGUCAGACUAGCAUUUCUUGCGCACAUCAUUUUUUUUUAAAGGCACACGGAUUUUUCAGUCCAUUUGUUAAGCUUUGUUUUCCUUUGCCUUGUGCUUAUCUGCUACUGAAAUUAAGUAAUGUUCUACUCGUUUAUUUUUUAUAAAACAACCAGUUCUUUACUCAUUGUAGAUCUUCCUCAUCUUUCAUCUAACUCCUCCCAAAAGCCAUGCAUUAUACAGAUUUGGUAGAUAAAGCAAGCUGUCUGUGACCUGUUCCAGAGCCAAGUUAAUACUGCUUCAGGCAUUAGCCAAAGAGGAGUCGUUCAAAAGCGACCAGAGGUGCCUUCUCUUCUGGGGGCUGAAUGGGUUGUCUCCAGCAUGUCCAGCCCCUGCUGGCCUGGGGAGUUCCUGACCUGAAUUCUUUCUUGCAUGGUAGCACAAGACUGCAAAGCUGGCUUUUUUUGUUUGGGUUUCUUUUUUUUAAUAGCAGUACAUCGACUGAUUUAUUUGUAACGUUAAGAGGUAUCCAGCAUACGUUGCACUUUCGAUACUAGGACAGAACUUCACUGUUGAGUCCCUUGCUGUCAGGUGAAAGGAGAGAAUAGCAGAAAGUGAAAUAAGUCAUAGGGGAAAGGAGCAAAUAAAGUCGUAUGAUGUCCUUCUCCUUGAACUCCAAAACAUUCCCUUGAUCAGAGAUGCUGAAAUUCCUAGUAACUAGUCUUUCCAGUAGUUCAAUUUGAGAAUGAACCAGUGACUACUCGUUAUCUCACACCUUUCAGAGAGACUCUGACCCUUGGAUAACGAAUCUUCUGUGUUUUUUUUUUCUAGAUUAACUUAUAGCUUUCAGGUUUCUUUUACAUGUGAUUUAUUUUUCUUAGACCAGACAAACAAUUUCUUUUCUAUUUAGAGCUCAUUUUAAUUUUAUAUAAAUAUAUAUACGUGAAUUUAAAAUAAUAUAUAUUGUGUAUUUAGUAUAAAAUGUUGGGUUGAGCUCAGCAAUAAAUGUUUUUGCACAACA